AUGGAUAAGACUAACUUGAAAGAACCAUCACUAUCAGAAGAAUGUAUGAUUUGUUUAGAAUCAAUAUCUCCAUUUGAUAAAGUUGGUAAAGUCCCUUGUUGUCCCACAAAAAUAUAUCAUGAUCAAUGUAUUUUACAAUGGUCUCAAAAAUCAAAUGGUUGUCCAACAUGUAGAAAUCGUUUCCAUAAAAUUGAAAUAUCAAUCCAUAAUAAAAUAAUCAAUACUGUUGCUAUCAAAGAUAGAUUAUUACCUAAUCCAGCUAUAAAUGAUAUACCGUCACAAUAUAUUAUAAAUGAUAGAAUACUAUCAGCAAUAACAACGAAUAGAACUAUAGGAUCAGCAUCGAUAGAAGAAGAAGCAGAAGAAAUCAUUGAAGGUGUUUGUUAUAUAUGCUCGAUUGAUUCAAGAAAUGGAAUCAUUUGUCAAAAUUGUGGGUGUAAUUUCCAUUUAAAUUGUCUUGGUGUUAUAGAGGUCGAAGAUUUAUUCACUUGGUGUUGUCCCAUUUGUGAUUGUAAUCAAGAAACUUGGCUUCCUCGUCGACGAUCAAGAAGGAUAACAUCUAGAUUACAACUGGAUCAUCAAGAGUCACGUGGUCCAAGAAGAAGAGGAAGAAUUACUACUAAUGGAUUAGUAAUACAUAAUGAUAAUGAUGAAUUGGAUGUUGAUUUUUUAUAUAGUAAUGAUGGUGAUGAUUAUGAAUACAAUAAUACUGGUGGGAGUGAUAGGGUAUCACUGGAAAAUACAUUGCAAGGACAAUAUCAUGUACAUCUGCAUUAUAAUCCAGUGAUAAAUGGGGGUGUGAUAUCAAGAAGAGAGCAAAGACAAAGAGAGCAACUUACAACAGAAGAAGUUCAAUCAUGGGAGAUAUUUGAUGAAGCUCGGAAAAAUAGUGAAACGGCACCACUACUAGGAAUAAGUCAAGACACCACUCCUAAUGGUAGUACUAGCAACAACACAGUAAUAUCUGGAAAUUUGAACGGAAGGACUGCUACUCAACAAAGGCGAAAACGGAAAAAAGUGACACCAAUAGAGAGCUCUACUUCAACUUCCAAUGGUAUGGGCACGAUAUCAAGUAAUGGUAAUAGUAGAAUAUCACAACUUAUUGAUCAAGUGAAAACCUCAAAUGGGAAAUUACUGACAAUUUAUAAUCAACAACAAGUGCAACUGCAACUGCAACUGCAACUGCAACCACGUGGAGUUUUGGUGACACCUCUGGCAUCCACUACUUCUUACCCCCAAUCAUCUUCAGAUUCACCAAUGUCAAUAUCUCCAGCUGCUAAUAGUCCCAUGGAACUGGUUUCUUAUUCAAGUGAUGAUAAUGAUUAUACUAGACCGCAACAACACCAACAACAACAACAACAAAUGUUGUCACAAAAUCAAUUUAGGAGAGAAUUAACAUUAGAUCAAAAAAUUGAAAUUCAAAAACACAUACGAAAUAAAUUGAGACCAAGAUAUAAACCUAAUGAGAUCAAUACUACUGUUAGAAAUGGUGAAUUUAUCACAAGUGAAGAAGAUUAUAUUAAGAUCAAUAAAACAAUAUCAAGGAAAAUCUAUAAUUAUAUAUUAAAACAAAAAUUGGGUGAAAUUGAUGAAUUUUUCACAAAUGAAGACAAACUACGAAAUUUAAUUGAUAAGUAUAUAGAAUAA